AGCUUGCGCCUGUUAGCCCUAACUAACCCUAUACGAAGCCAGGAGAGCACCGAGUACACUGCGUGAAAGCCAUGGGGCGCAACGGCAAGGAUAAGCGGGACAUGUUCUACAGGAAGGCCAAGGAGGUCGGCUUCCGAGCACGUAGCGCGUUCAAGUUGUUGCAGCUUGACGAGGAGUUUGGGCUAUUCGAAGGAGUCACCAAGGCCGUCGAUCUAUGCGCUGCCCCCGGGAGCUGGAGUCAAGUGCUCGCCAGCAAGCUCUUGGGAGACAAACGUGACACACCCGCUGCUGCUGGCUGCGAGAACGCCAAGGCUCAACUCGAUGAUUGCGACGGCAGCGGGGGCGCAAGAGGGGCGCCUCUCUCCACUGCUGUGGCAACGGACAACGGCGAAUUCGAUGCAGCUUCCGCGGCAGGGCCAGAGGCCAAAGGCGCCACGGUUAUCGCAGGCAGCGGUAUUGGCGCCACUGAUGAGAGCGGUGACAUUGACCCGGAGGGGGAGGAGGCGGGGCCGAGACGACAUCACCGAGCAGGGGUAGAUUGCGCAGACACGCAGACAGGGGCAGAAAGCGAGGGAAGAGCAAAGGACACAGAGGAAGAGGAGGUUCGAAUUGUGGCUGUGGAUUUGCAGGGGAUGGCGCCCAUCGAGGGAGUCAAGCAGCUCCAGGGUGACAUCACCUCUGUAAAAACUGCGGAGGCGAUCAUCGACCACUUCCGAGGAGGGCUGGCCGAGCUGGUGGUGUGUGACGGCGCGCCGGACGUGACCGGCCUGCACGAUAUCGACGAGUAUCUACAAGCGCAGCUCCUUCUAGCAGCCCUCAACAUCACUGCUCACGUCUUGUCGCCUGGGGGUACCUUCGUGGCAAAGAUCUUCAGGGGGCGGGACUCGAGCCUGCUCUACAGCCAGCUGCGGCUGCUGUUCGAGCGGGUGACUAUUGCCAAGCCACGCAGCAGCCGCAGCAGCUCCAUCGAGGCAUUCGUCGUGUGCCGCGUGUACGCCCCGCCUGAGGGCUUCGAGGCAUCCAUGCUCACGCCGCUGUUAGACCACGCUUAUUCGGCCACCAACGAGCGGCUGGGCCCCGCCAACCUUAUCGUGCCGUUCGUGGCCUGCGGAGACUUGAGUGGCUUCGAUGCGGACAAGUCUUACCCGCUUGAGGAGCCCAGGGAGGAGGGGAAGGACGGAGAUUCCCAGCUGACCUCACAGCGAGGUUACCAACGGAUCCCCCCGGCGCAAAUGCCGAUCCGACCGCCCCACGAAACUUACCGCAUGCGAAAAGCGGGAGAGCUUUGACGUCGAGAAACUGAUGAGCCGCUGGGGUCUCGGGGCCUCGGAGCUGCACAGCUGCGGCCCGCAAAUAAAAAAAACGUAUGCGUUAUGGGAAUGGGGCUGGGCCUUUGUCGAAAAACAAGAAAAAUCGACCAAAAAGCACACUUCAGCCGUGGAUCCUUCACAAAGUUCUAUGAAACGACCAAUGAAAUUGAGCCUCGACCGCAAGUGUAUCAUCUCUCAUCGAGCAAAAAGAGGUAUUGAAGAGUCGCCGGGUGGGGAGAGCCGGCCAAUCGCGUCCUGCGGUUGCACCCAAGUCGGGAGCAGAUGAGCCCAACGUCAGGACACCUGGAUUUGGGCGCGUUCAAAGGGCGGCAAGGUUCCACUCGCGUGCGCGGGCUAGCAAUUCAUGUGGAGGGAGCACCUUGGUCGAUGUUCGGUUGCAGAGUGGCUCGACUCACGGGCUGUGGCGAAAGGCGGUCGGAGCCCGCCUAAGUCCUCCU